AUGCACCGGGUGGUCUCCAACCAGCGCUCGGUCUCCUCCUCCUCCGGCUCCUUCCAGGCUCCCCCGCCGCCUCCCCCCGCCGCUGCCGGGGAUCUGCAGCCGCUCUUUCUGGGCGGCGGCGGCGGCGGCGGCGUCAGCAGCACCAGCAGCUCCAGCGGCGGCACCCGGAGGGGCAGGCGGGGCUCGGUUUCCAAUUCGGCCUCGACCCGGACGCGGAGCAGCAGCGGUCGCAGCAGCAGCAGCAGCCGCGGCACCAGCACCAACAGCAGGAGCAGCAGCGACCGCAGCAGCGAGGAGGACGAGGACGGCGAAGGGGAAGAAGCCAAGCCGCUGGUGCCGCCGGCUCAGGAGUCCGCCUCGCCGGCAGCCGUCGUUACCAUUCCCGCCGCCGCCGCCGCCUCAGCUUGCGCCUCGUCAGGCUUCAGCAGCUCCUCGUCGUCGGGCUGCACCAUGACCGCCGGCGAGCUGUACGGGGCUCCGCUGGGUGGGCCGGGGGCGGCGGCGGGCCCGGCGGCCGGGCUGCUGUGGGCGGGGGGCUUCGGCGCCGGGCCGCGUUGGGGCUACCAGGCGCUGUCCUUGGUGCUGCUGCUGGGCCAGGGGGCGCUGCUGGACAUCUACCUGAUCGCCGUCACCGACUUGUACUGGUGCAGCUGGAUCGCCACCGACCUGGUGCUGGCGGCCGGCUGGAGCAUCUUCUUCUGCCGCAACAGCCGCGCCCGUCGGCGGGACCGCCCGUUGGGGGCCGGAGGAGGCCACCCGACGCCCCCGCCCUUGCACCCGCUGCUGGCUCACGGCCCGUACGGCGGCAGAGGCGGCGGGGCGGGCUCGGGGGCCAAGGCGGGGGCCGCUCCGCGAAGCGGGGACUUCGCCUACGCUCACUUGGCCUGGCUGAUCUACGCCAUCGCCUUCACGCCCAAGGCGGCCCUCAUCCUGGGCACGUCCAUCCUGGAGCUGGUCGAGCUGCGCCUGCCGCUGGGCGCCACGGGCUUCCGCAUCACGCUGGCGCUCUCGGCCCCGCUCCUCUACUGCCUCCUGCGCGCCAUCAGCACCGAUCCCGGCGGCGGGCAGCUGCUCCUGCCGGCCCAGCCGCCGCCCCAGCACCGCGCCUCUGCCGCCUUCCUGGCCACGUGCCUGGACCUGCUGGACAGCUUCACCCUCCUGGAGCUGCUGCUCUUGCAGCCGGCCCGGCCCGCCUUGCCCCUGCCGCUGCCCGUCCGGUACGUGCUGAUCGCCGUCUACUUCUUGUGCCUGGCCUCGCCCGUGCUCUGGCUGUACGAGCUGAGCGCGCCGCGGGCCCCCGGCGCCGGCCGCCUGGCCGUGCACUGGCUGCUCCCCGCCGGACUCCUGGAUGCGCCGCUGCUGGCCCUGCGCUGCCUCCUGCUGGUGCGCUACCAGCAGCCGCUCUCCAUCUUCAUGCUCAAGAACCUCUUCUUCCUGGCCUGCCGGGCCUUGGAGGCCAUGGAGACCUGCUACCUUCUCCACUCGGCCAGCGGGCAGGGCGGCAAGGGCAAGAACGUGCCCGUCCUUUCCACAGGCGUCGGGGCUGGCCAGCUCAGUCACUGCAUCUCAGAGAACGACAUGGGGCCCCAUGGCUAUGUCAACACAUUGGCUGUCACUGCCCAGAGCUGA